AAGAGCUCCUGGGUCCAUAAACACUGACGUCCCCGCAGCUUUUAGCUUUUCAGCUCAAAGCUCCUGUAAUCAAUAUGGAGGCGCCCUGACCGGCAAGCUGAGCUUUCUUUGUCUCCAGCAGCGCAGGCGCUGAGCUCUAGGAGCUGGAGAGCUGCGGAGAGAAGAUCUUCCCGUGUGGAGCUUGAGGCCACCAGAGAAAGCGGUGCACCCCCAAAGACAACCCUCGUUGUGGAUCUGUACUUCCGUUUCACAAUGGCACAGGCAUCCUGAGAGAUUAUUUGGCUUUCUGGCCAAGGAACAGGUAAAGGGACUCCUGUUUUCUGAAGAGUGUAGGAAAAAUCUCCAUUAUUUUUGCCUACUCUGCUCUGGCUAGCUGUAUCACCUCAAAGGCUGUCCUAGUCACAACUACAUGAUGGCAAAAAGGACUAAACCCUGAGAGUAGCAUGUCAAAGAGGGCUUUGCAAGUCUGAGAAUGGGGAUAAAUUCUGAAGAGGAGAAAACUGGAGAAGGGCAUCACUUAAAUCUGUAUACAAACUAACAUCUAAGUCCCAGGCUUACCUUGAGCAGCACAUGCACAGAACAGGUCCAAAUAAGCAGAACACAGUCUUUGAGAACUGAACUACAAUAUAUUCCACUACUCACUCAAGCCCCAGAUUAACCCUUAAAAGACAUGGGCAUGAUGUAGAAACAAACAGCAUAGCAAAGACUUGAAAACUUCAUUGAGACUGGAACAACUGCCAACAGAUGCUCAACAACUAUGCUCAAUGAGGUAAAGGUAAACAUUCUUGAAAUGAAUGGAAAGAUAGAGAUUCUCUGCAGAGAAAUUAGAAAUUAUGGAAAAGAAAGAGAUGGAAACUUUGUGGCUAAAAACUAUAAUAUUCAAAAUGAAAUAUUCCCUGAUGAGUUCAAUAACAGAAUAGAGAAAGGUCAGUGAACUAGAAGAUAGAUCAACAGAAAUGAUAUAAUUUGAAGAGCGGAUAGGAAAAUAUAUCCAACAAAAAUUAAAAGAGCCGUAUAAAUAUGAACUCACAUUUAUCUUAAUGUAGAUACAGAUGAUUAGAUAUAAAAAUAUUUAUAGACAUGUGUAUAUACACAUAUAUCUCCUUACUCCGUUUACUGAGUGGAUCUAGAAACAACAUCACCCCCAUAAAAUGAGCCCCCUAGCAAUCAGACCUUGAUUCCUAAUACUGUUUUCCACUGAAAGGAACCAGAGCUCUUUGGAUAAAUGACUGAUUAUAGGGCUGGAGCAGGAAAUAUACAAGAUGAGGUUGGAGCAAUUUUUAGUGCUGGAAAGAGAUCAAAAAACCGAAACAAAGCACAAAACUAUCUUUGCCACAAUGGGGAUAUGUGAAAGAGAUAGAGUCAACUAAAAGAACUCCCAGUUGCCAAAGGUGCAACAAUUUUAGUAACAAUUAAUUGGAUUAUAACUCAAAGAAUAAAAUAAAUAUCCAUGAGUCUACACUGAACAUAAAUGAUUGAAUAAAUAAAUGAAUUGGGAAAAAAGACAAGUUUACCAUGCUGAUGAAUUCCAAAUAGUUUAUGUAAACACUAUGCCCUUCGGGACGUAGAAGAUAACUCCUCACUCUCUAAGUGUGGGUAAUGACAUUCUUCCAAAGAGUACGGUAUGGAAAUGGAGAAAAAAGGUGUAAUUUUACAGUGGAGAAAAUUUGUAAACACUAACAAACCAGGUGAUCAAGGUCAACAUCAACAGUGGUAAGUCAUAUUAGUAGUAUAUACUCUUCAUACAGUGUGAAGAGAAAAGAACUUUACCUCUGCAGUGUUCUUCCCCAAAACAUAUACAAAUCUUAUGAGAAAAGCCUCAGAUAAAUUCCAAUAGAAACAUUCUACAAAAUACCUGACCAGUAAUCUUCAAAAGUUUCUAGGUCAUCAAAAACAAGAGAAGUGUCACAACCAAGAAGAACCUAAGUGUACAUAACUACUAAAUGUAAGGUGGGAUUCUGGAACACAAAAAAAGACUGUAAGAAAACUGAGGAAAUCUGAUAAAGUCUGGGCUUUAGCUAAUAAUAAAAUAUCAAUAUUGAUUCAUUGAUUAUGAUAAAUAUACCAUAUUAAUAUAUUUAUAAUAGGGGAAACUAGGCAUGGGUGUAUGGGAACUCUGUACAAUUUUUACAGUAGUUCUUUAAAACUAAAACUGUUCCAAAAGAAAAUGUUUACACACAUACACACACAACAAAGUCUCCAAACCUGUAGGACAAUAUUAGACAUUAUAAGAUUCAUUUCACUGGAGUUCCAGAAAUACGGGGUACAGUUUAGUGAAGAAAAAAAUAUUUGAGGAAAAAUAGCUGAAAAUCCCCUAAUUUGGUGAAAGAUUCAGGAAGCUCAGAAAAUCUCACUCUGAGACAUCUUAUUCAAACUGCUGAAAACCAAAGAUGAUGAAAAUUCUUAAAGGCAAUCAGAGGGAAAAAAAUACAUCCUACAGAGAGAGAGGUUACAAUUUGAACAAGUGUGGGUUACUCAUCAGAAACCAGAAGCCAGAGGUAGAAAAAUACCACUAAUGUUCUGAAAGAGUUGUCAACCUUAGAACUCUAUGCCCAGCAAAAAUAUCCUUAAUGGAUGAAAGGAAAAUAAAGACAGAUGCAGAUGAAGGAAAACUAAGAAAAUUCAUUACCAGUCAACUACUCUAAAAAUAUGUGAAAGGAACUUUUUCAGGCUGAAGGCAAAAUGAUGCAAGAAGAAAGCUCGGAACUUCAAGAAUAAAGGAAGAGCAACAGAAAUAAUAAAUGUGUGCAUGAUAGGCCUAUUCUUCUCCUCUUAAAUUCUUUAAAUGACAAUAGACUUUGAAAACUGAAAUUAUACCACUGGUGGGGGUGGGGGAAGUGUUCAAUGCAUACAUAUGUAAAACAUAUGACAAGUAUAAAGAGUGAAGGGUAAAAGGUUUCUAUAUUUUACCUGAAAUGGUGAACUAAUAGACAUACACGUACACACUGAAGACAAAAUUAUAACCUGAAUAGUCUUUUGUCUAAGAGAUAUAAAUGAAUAAAGCAGCUAAAAUCACUCACAUACAGGUUUUGUAUGAUCCUAUAUUCUCGUUUCUCUUGAGUAAAUACCUCCUAGUGGGAUUGCUGGGUCACAAUGUAAAUAUGUCUGUCACAGCCUGUCACCAUGGCCCCCAUGCAUGAACAGGAUCUGGUGGCACCCUUGCUUCUGUUUUGAGCAGGUCUCUCCUCCAGUAUCCCCAGGGGAAAGGACAGAUGGAUAUAUGGUGAUUGACCGCAGAGGUGCCACGUCUGGCCAGCACUAAAGAUCCUGAGCUCAACUCCCCAGUGGCUCCUGCUCUGCUGGUUCAAGAUUCCCUGUCCUGCCCAAUCCUCCUAGGGUGCAGGAACCCGAGUGGAGGAGGAGCCACUGUACUUCCCAGUAAGCUCAUCUCCCUUCAUUCAGCAGGAGGAGUCUUAGCCUGGGAACCCCUCCUCCAUGUGAAGACACAGCAAGAAGUUCACAGCAUGAACCUGGAAGAUGACUUUCAUCAGAACCUGACCAUAUUGGCACCCUGAUCUUGGGCUUCCAGCUUCCAAUACUCUCUAGCUUCUGUGGACUCUGCUUCUCCAGUAAAUGACCUUUGAGGAAAACUGACCAGUUCUUGCAAUCUAAAAUCAUGGCUCAUCAUUUGGUGAUGUUCAGAGAUGUGGCUGUAGACUUUUCUCAGGAAGAGUGGGAAUGCCUGAACUCAUAUCAGAGGAAUUUGUACAGAGAUGUGAUAUUAGAGAACUAUAGCAACUUGGUGUCAGUGGCAGGAUGUUCCAUUUCUAAGCCAGAUGUGAUUACCCUACUAGAGCAAGGGAAAGAACCCUGGAUGGUUGUGAGGGAUGAGAGAAGAAGGAGGAGCCUAGAUUUAGAAUCCAGGUACGACACUAAAAAGUUAUUUCAAGAAAAGGAUAUUUAUGAAAUGAAUUUAUCUCAGUGGGAGAUAAUGGGAAGAAUUAGAAGUUGUGGCCUUGAAGACUCCUUUGUCAGAAAAGAUUAUAAAUAUAAAAAGUUUGAGGGACAAGAAGGUCCUCAAGAAGGAUAUUUCAGGCAAGUGAAAAAAAUGCCCACUUACAGAAAACUCACAUCUCUUACUCUGUAUCAGAGAAUUCAUAAUAGAGAGAAACCCUACGAAUGUGGGGACUGUGGAAAGGCCUUUAGAGUGCGCCAACAGCUUACUUUCCAUCAGAGAAUUCACACUGGUGAAAAACCCUAUGAAUGCAAAGAAUGUGGAAAAGCCUUUAGACAGUGUGCCCACCUUAGUCGACAUCAGAGAAUUCAUACUUCUGACAAACUCCUCGAAUGUAGAAAAUGUGGGAAGAUCUUUACAUGUGGUGCAGAUCUUCGAGUACAUCAGAGAACUCAUAUUGGUGAGAAGCCCUAUGAAUGUAAGGAAUGUGGGAAGGCCUUUAGAGUGCGAGGACAACUUAAUCUCCAUCAAAGGAUUCAUACUGGUGAGAAACCCUAUGAAUGUAAGGAAUGUGGGAAGACGUUUAGACAGUAUGCACACCUUACACGACAUCAGAGACUUAAUAUUGCUGAGAAGUGCUAUGAAUGUAAGGACUGUGGGCAGGCUUUUUUGUGUAGUACAGGGCUUAGAGUACAUCACAAACUUCAUACUGGUGAAAAACCCUAUGAAUGUAAGGAAUGUGGAAAGGCCUUCAGAGUGCGGCAACAACUGACACUCCAUCAGAGAAUUCAUACUGGUGAAAAACCCUAUGAUUGUAAAGAAUGUGGGAAGACCUUUAGUCGUGGCUAUCACCUGACUCUCCAUCAGAGAAUUCAUACUGGUGAGAAACCUUAUGAAUGUAAGGAAUGUCAGAAGUUCUUUCGUCGUUACUCAGAACUCAUUUCACAUCAGGGUAUUCAUAUUGGAGAGAAACCCUAUGAUUGUAAGGAAUGUGGGAAGACCUUUAGACUGUUCUCACAACUUACUCAACAUCAGAGUAUUCAUUUUGGUGAGAAACCUUAUAAAUGUAAGGAAUGUGAGAAGACUUUUAGACUGCUUUCACAACUUACUCAACAUCAGAGUAUUCAUACUGGUGAGAAACCCUAUGACUGUAAGGAAUGUGGAAAGGCCUUUAGACUUCAUUCAUCACUUAUUCAACAUCAGAGAAUUCAUUCUGGUGAAAAACCAUACAAAUGUAAGGAAUGUAAAAAGGCAUUUAGACAACAUUCCCAUCUUACCUACCAUCAGCGAAUUCAUAAUGUAACUAAAUAAUUAUAGGAAACCUUCCACUAUGAAUUUUGUGUUAAGGGGCAUUAGAAAAUAAAUUCUAGGGGAAGUUUUCGAAUAUAGGAAUCCCUUUUGCUUCAUGCUUACAACUAAGCUGAAUAGGAGGUUUUAUUUGAAGGAAAGGAUAUAUUAAUUUCAUGAAUUUGUAGAAGCCUUUCCUCAGCAUUAAAAACCAUGUUAAACUUCAUGAAAUUUGUUCUAGAAAGAAACUCUUAAAGGAGUAAAUAUAGAAGAGCUUUUGAUCUUACCUAUUUUAUCACCUAUAUUCUUCCCUUCUGUAUAAUAUACCCAUGGAGGUUGCUAGGGCACUAACUCAUUCCAAAUGAUAAUUGAAAGGAAAGUCACUUAGCCUGCAUUUUCAAUUGAACUGUAUUUUAGCUAAAGUUGAUUAGCUAAAGUUCUUUAUUAAAAGUUUUGCAGCACAUAAUGAAAUAAUGGAUCUAGGCACAUUUCUCAGUAGAGAUUAAGACCAGUAGGUACCCACUGAUUGAUUUUAAUCUCAUGAAAAAUGGGGUAAAAUAUGGUAUGCCCUCUAAUGAGUUACAAUAAGGCGUACGCAUCUUGCCCAGAAAUAUUGAACAUGAAUCUCAGCAUCAAGAUUUAACUCCUACUUUAGAGAAAAUUCAGGGAACAGAAGAACAUGACACAAGAAGCAGCAAUUAAACUCAUCUAAAAUGUGGAUAAUUCUACAAGAAGAAUGACCUGGCUUCUCAAACAAUAAAAUGGCAUUGAAAAAAGAGAGGUGGAACUCUUAGAUAUUAAGUCUGAAGAAAUGUAUACUAAUCAAAUGCAAUGAGUUAGAUUCACAAGUUGAACAAACAUGUAAAAAGGACAUUUUUAGACAAUUGGGGAAAUGGGAAUAUUGACGGUAUUAGAUAAUAUUUAAAAAUUAUGUUUUUGUUAGGUGUGAUAAUAGCAUCGUGAUUAUGUAAAAAUGUUAGAGGUAAGUUUAUACACAAGAUGAUAAUGAUGUCUGGAACUUUUAAAAAAUGCUCAUGCAAAAGAAAAAUAACCAGUUUGUCAAAGUGAUGGUAAGAUGAGUCUUGAGUACAUGGUUUUUGUUUAUUUUGUUUUUGCUAUUUUAUCUACUUUUAUGUAUUUCAAUUUUCCCAUAAUAUUAUUUCAAAGAUAAAAUUAGCUAUGGAGUUAUAACCCAAUUGAAGUAUAUGAUUUUUUUAAAUGACUACUUAUCAAAAUUUGUGGAUGUUGUCAAAGCUCUGUACAUUGGGAUAUUAAAUAUGCUGUAGCACAUUUGGGAAAUAAAAAUCAAGGGUCCAAAUUUUAUCUGGUUCACCUAUUGCGACCUCUGUUAUCAUGCCUAUCCCACAGUACUUCAUAUGUUUAAAGAAUGAGUUUAAAAAGCAAUUACUACAACCAAAUGUGGAAAUUAAUGGAAUUGACCUCCACUGUCUAAUAAGAUUGUUGCCAGCAAUAUGUUAAGCACUCAAAAUUAAAUUGUGGCUAGUCGAAUUAAAAUUGUGAUUAGUGUAAAAUACACAUGAGGUUUUGAAGAUUUAGUUUUUUAAAAAGAAUGUAAUAUGUUCUGUUUCUUACAGCAUUUCUCUGCUGCGAUAUUCAGUGGGUUGCAUUAUUACAUAAUGCAGAACCCAAUUUAAGUGUCUUUCUGCUCCCAAGUAGCAUGUUUGCAUACUGAAGUCUUGGUUCUACCCUGAGUCAUGCUUCCCUUCCAGCACACACACCCUUCAUGAAAGGUAGCCUGUAUUUACAGCUGAGUAGUUUUCUCAGACUGUUUUUAGCCUGUAGAUAUUUUGGGAUCCCAAGGCCCUUUCCUUUGUACUGUUUCUGUCCCAUUAAGUUCAAGCUUGCAGUGCUUCAAGUAGUAUAAUUGUCUUAACCACUGUAUUUUCAAUUAAUUUUAUUAGGUUUCACUCAGACAAAAGAUCAACAGGCUAUUCUCUGUAUUGGGCUUCUUAUGAGGCUGCUAUGGAAAAAUGACUUUGGAAUUCUUAGAAGCCCUGUUGUUUCAUAGAGAGGAUAAACCUCUCUAUGAAAGAGAGAGGUUCAUCAUUAUUCUGAGGUUCAUCAUUAUUCUGAGACUGCAUUUUUAGGACAGCAUCUUAUAUUUGAUUUCUUUUUUUCCUCUCAGGCCCAAUUAUAACUUUGAAAACCCUUUGCUAUCUGGAAACACUGCCAUGGAACCCUCUAUAUUUCCUUGAAAUUCUACUUGAAAUAUGCACCAGUUGAUGUAAUGAGUAAAACGUGAUUUUUUCUCUUUUCCUUUGUUAUGAUGGAUUAUCUUCAUGAAUUUCCAAAUAUUGACCAAGCCUUACAUCAAAUAUUCCAAAUAUUUUCCAAAUAUUGACCAAGCCUUACAUCACUGGAAUAAACUCCAUUUGUUUGUGGUGCAUACUUCAUAUGUAGUACAUAAAUAUAUUGCUGGAUUUGCUCUGAUUGUUAUGAUGUGCUAAUAUUUUGUUGAUUUUUUUUGAGGAUUUUUGUGUCAGCGUUCAUGAGGAACACUGGUCUGUAGUUUUCUUUUAUUCAGCUAUCUUUGCCUCAUUUUGCUAACAUGGUGAUGGGGGCCUUAUAAAAUGGCUUUCACAGUAUUGCCUCCUUUCAGUUCUGAAAGAGGUAAUGUAGAAUCAUUAGUUAUUAUUUAAAUGUUUGGUAGAAUUUUCCAGUGAAACCAUUUGGGCCUUGAAAUGGAUUGAAUGUGUCUCCUCAAAAUUCAUGUGUUGACAUCUUAACCCCUAAUGUGAUGACGGGAAGUAGAGCCUUUGGAGGUAAUUAAGUGAUGAUGGUGGAUCCCUCCUGAUUGAGAUUAGUUCCCUUACCAAAGGGAUCCCAGAGAGCUCUCUUAUACUUUUCCGUUAUGUGAGGAUACAAGAAAAUGGCAGUCUUUAUUUUGGAAGAGAGUUCUCACCAGAAACUAACCAUGCUGGCACACUGAUGUCAGUCUUCCAGCCUCAAGGAUUGGAUGAAGUUUGUUUGUAAACCACCCAGUCUAUUGUACUGCAUUAUAGCAGCCCAAAAUGAGUAAGACAGAAAUUGGUACCGGAAGUGGGGUGUUAAUGUAACAAAUAUCUAAAAAUGUGGAAGUGGCUUUGGAAUUGAAUAAUAGGUAAGGGCUAGGAGAGUUUUUAGAUGCACGCAAAAAAUAAGGGCAUUUAAUGGAGAUUUUGGUGAUGCUCAGAAAAGAAAGAGGUGGGGCGCCUGGGUGGCACAGCGGUUAAGCGUCUGCCUUCGGCUCAGGGCGUGAUCCCAGCGUUCUG